AUGUCACUCAGCGCGCCUGCCCCUCGCAAGAACCCCUCACCUGCCAUUCACCACAAAAUCCUCCUUACCACCGUCGCCCUCGAGCGGCAGCCCGGUCUGGAAGGCUACAUUGGCGGAGACGCUUUCAGCGCCCUCUAUGAGAAGCACCCCGACUAUGAGUACGCUCUCCUGGUGCGCAGCGAGCAGCGCGCCUCGGGCGUGAAGAAGGCCUACCCCAAGGACAACGUCCGCAUCGUCGUCGGAACCCUCACCGACUCGGAUGUCAUCGAGAAGGAGGCCGCUGCCGCCGACGUUGUCGUUCACACUGCCGACUCCGCGGACGACGUCCCCUCGGCCAACGCCAUUGCCAAGGGCCUCGCCGCGGGUCACUCGCCCGAGAAGCCCGGUUUCUGGCUACACGUCUCCGGCACGGGCAUCCUGACAUGGUACGACACCAAGCACGAACGCUACGGCGAAGCCCCCCUCCCGGAUCAAGACUACCACGACAUCCGCGACAUCGACCGCCUCCUCUCCCUCCCCGACGAGGCCAUCCACCGCAACGUCGACAAGAUCGUCCUCGCCGCCAACUCCCCCGCCGUCCGCACCGCCAUCGUCUCCCCGCCCACCAUCUACGGCGCCGGCCGCGGGCCCCUGAACCGCCGCUCCAUGCAGGUCCCGGGCCUCGCGAAAGCCACGCUCGAGAAGGGCUUCGCGCCCAUCAUCAAGCCGGGCAAGACGGAGUGGGACCACGUCAACGUGCGGGACCUCUCGGCCUUCUUCGUGACGCUCGUCGAGGGGACGAGAGACGCGAGCUUGAACGCCGAUCUCGAGGUGUUCGGGCCGCGGGCGUACUACUUCGUCGAGAGCGGCACGCACGUCUGGAGCGAUGUGGCCAGGUGGAUCGCGGAGGAGGCGCAUAAGCAGGGAUUCCUGCCGGCGCCGCUGACCAAGGAGGCCACGAUCAAGGAGGUGCUGCAGUCUACGGGCGCGGGGGCUACGUGGGGUCUGAACUCGAAGAGCAAGGCGGAGAGGGGGCCCAAGUACUGGGGGUGGAAGGGGACGGCGCAGACGUUGAAGGAGACGAUCCCGGAGGUUGUUGCGUCGGAGGCGACGUUGUUGCACUUGCAGCCUCAUGAGAAGAAGUAG